AUGAUCUCGCGGUCUCCAACAGUUGUCGCCUACAAAAACAACAGAAUAUUACCCCCAUCCUUCUCCUCGUCCCCUUCGCCCUUAGAUAAUCAAUUCACUUUCCAAUCAGCAUCGUCACCAACAACUCCUACUACACCAGAAACCUCGAUCUUCACCUUUCAAAGACCGAUUGCCUCCAAGAGUCAUCACGAUGAGCAAGUCCAAAGAGAAUCAGUGUUAGAGAGGGAUUUGGAAGAUAUCAUUGAUGGUUACGCCAAUGACAACUCGUUUGAUACAAAGUACUCGACGAGCACCGUCGAUGUGAGAACUAGAGCUCCGAUGUCCACUACUAAAAGAGCUAGAAGACAAUCCAGUGUUUAUCAAGAUACAAUAUCCAUCAUCAGUAAAGACGAAGAUAAUGAUUUCACUUUUGACACCGAUUUUUAUCCCGAUGAUGAUAUUGUUGAAAGGAAAAGAAAGCUCAUAACCAUCAGUAAAGAUCCUGACCUCGCAAGCGUUCUCCUGAGGGAUACAAUUAAUACGCAACAACAAUCCAUUCCCCAAGACCCAGAGGCCAAUGAUACUCUUCCAGAUCUCCAAACAUUCGGCAAUGUUAAUCGUUCAUACCAAAAUAGGCACUCAGUGAUGUCAGUGGCGAUGGCCGAACCAAAUUGCAUGGUUAAUAAUUCACGGGCGGGUUAUUCCACCACCAGUUUUGCCUCCCACAACCAUUUCAUCACUAACGGGAUUAGACCAUCUCAGUCUGCUCAAUAUAAUAUUGGUUCUGAUUUCUACAAACUCUCUGCUGACGAUAUCUAUGGUAAUCACUUUGAGUUUUCCGAGCUCCGCGACAAAGUGGUGCUUGUGGUGAACGUUUCGUUCCAUGGAUCGCUAGCGGCAAAAAAUUUCAAGUUAUUAAAUUAUUUGCACAACAAGUACCAUUCUCAAGGGUUGGUGGUCAUUGGUUUCCCGUGCUAUCAAUUCAAUUUGAAGAAGAAAAACGUCAUCACUGACUACUCUUCAAUGAAAAUGACCCCGAUUCAUAAAAGAAGUGUCUCGCUAUCUGAUUUAGCAACGAUCGCCGAAAACCAAAGACAAAUUGCCGCCUCAGCUUCGAUGAAUAGCAUACCAGUUCAUUCGAGAAGUGUUUCCAACAAUGCUGUGUCAAUGUUCUCUACUAGCCCUUACUAUAAACCCCGUUCAAAUUCUGUUAAUUCGCCGUCAUCAUCUGCGAUCUCCAGCAUCGAACAGGUGCUCACUAAAUACAACAUUCAAUUCCCAGUAUUCACUGAGGUCAAAGUCAACGGGAAACACUCUCAUGAUAUUUAUCAACAUCUCAAAAGUGACAAGAAAGGCUUGUUGGGUACUUCGUUUAUCAAAUGGAACUUUGAGAAAUUCUUGGUUGAUCGUUAUGGUAAUGUUGCCCGCCGUUAUUCAUGGUUGAAAAACGGAGAUGGGAUAGAAGAAGUGGUCAAAUAUUUGUUGGAUGAAUCCCAGGUUGUUGUUGAUAAUUGCAGACCUAUUGUUGGUUUCAAUAGCGGGAUGUUUUCUUGA